UCGCGUGCAACUGAGCUCUUCUAGUCCACUGUUCGAACUUAUCAAAUUAAUUCGUGAUUAUCGAUCAAGCAGGAUUUGGUCCCUGUUCUGAUUUGAGAAUCGCAACUGGGUAAGGCUCGAGUUCACCUUGUCCCCGGAAAUCCAUCCAGCCUUCGUCUAAUAUCGAUCAAACUAUAGUUAGUUCUACAUCAUUUUUUGUCCGUUUUUGUUUUAGUCUAUGAUAAGUCUGCGUUACUUCUAUCGUCGCGUAGCUAGCAGAACUGCCAUAUUGAAAAUGGAAGCCGCCGCGAUGCUUAACCUUCGCCAGAAUUUAACUCCGUGGUAUCCCUUUGGCGGACCUCAUCGGUUCUCACCUAUCCCGAUGGAUCAAGUCUCUUGGGAUGUUGAAUGGACAUCAUACAAGCCGCCGGGCUUCACUAUCCCUGCCAUUCUGGCGGGCGAUAAGGAAUGGGCAGACGAGGAAUUUGGUGAAGGAUUCGAUCCUCAAUUCAACUGGGAAGAUGCUAAAGUUAACCGAAAAAGUUAUACAGGAAUGUAUAAGUUGGAUAAAGACGGAUAUCCGCUGAAUCCAAUGGGCCGCACAGGGCUGUCAGGGCGGGGAAGUUUGGGUCGUUGGGGUCCCAACCACGCGGCGGACUGUGUCAUGACACGGUGGAAAUUGGAUGACAAGAAGGAAGUCUUCAUCAGUCCUGACGACAAUCUUCCGAAAUUGGAGUUCAUUGCCAUUGUACGAUUGGACACGGGAGAGGUUGCGCUUCCGGGAGGGAUGGUGGAUCAGGGUGAGGACCCCGUGACGGCUGCAAAAAGGGAGUUUGUUGAGGAAGUGCUAGGCCUUGAAUACGCUGAUCUUUGGAGGGAUAGUCCACUAAAUGAAGAUAUGACUGAAGUUUUCUCGAACGAAAAGAUCGUUGACAGGUGCUACGUGGAUGACCGCCGUAACACUGACAACGCCUGGAUUGAGACAUGUGCCGUCAAUUUCCACAUUUCAUCGAAGACUUUACAGAUUCUGCACAAGAUGAAGUUUCGGAGUGGGAGUGAUGCAAAAUCGGCUUGCUGGCUUGACUUCAACUCAAAGUUGAAGUUGUACGCUAGUCAUAGCUUGAUACUCAAUAAAACCGUUACCCUACUUUACGACGAGUGGAAGAAAGAAAACCCGUCAAAGUAAAGAACCCUGUACCUAAUAUUUUGCAAAAAUGCAAUAAACUUUUUUUACUUUUUGUACUCAAA